GGCAAAGUACAUUGACGGUCAAUGCGGCCGAAGGUGUUCUUUAAUCCCCAACCCUUGAUGAGCUUCCGCUCCAAGCUCGCGGCUCUCCUCGACAAAGCCCGCUCCGUUACCGGCACCGCCCCUCCUCCUCCUCCUCCUCCUCCUCCUCCUCCAAACCCUAAUCCACCACCUCUCUCCUCUCCCAUGGAGGACGGAGGCGCCGUCCCCGUGACCCGCCGCACCCGGCUCUGCAUCAUCGGCAGCGGCCCCGCCGCGCACACCGCGGCGAUCUACGCGGCGCGCGCCGAGCUGCGGCCGAUCCUCUUCGAGGGGUGGCUCGCCAACGACAUCGCGGCGGGGGGCCAGCUCACGACCACCACGGACGUCGAGAACUUCCCGGGCUUCCCCGAGGGCAUCCUCGGCCUCGACCUCAUGGACCGUUGCCGCGCCCAGUCCCUCCGCUUCGGCACCACCAUCCUCACCGAGACCGUCAACUCCCUCGACCUCUCCUCGCGCCCCUUCCGCGUCCUCUCCGACUCCACCGCCGUCGAGGCCGACGCCGUCAUCGUCGCAACCGGCGCCGUCGCCCGCCGCCUCCGCUUCCCCGGCUCCGACCGCUUCUGGAACCGCGGCAUCUCCGCCUGCGCCGUGUGCGACGGCGCCGCUCCGAUCUUCCGCGACCGCCCCAUCGCCGUCGUCGGGGGCGGCGACUCCGCCAUGGAGGAGGCCAACUUCCUCACCAAGUACGGCUCCAGGGUCUACAUCGUCCACCGCCGCGACACAUUCCGCGCCUCCAAGAUCAUGCAGGCCAGGGCCCUCGCAAACCCUAAGAUCGAGGUCCUCUACAACUCCCAAGUCGUGGAAGCCUACGGGGAAGGGGAUAAUGGUCCGUUGGCUGGGGUGAAGGUGAAGAACGUCGUCACCGGAGAGGUGUCCGAUCUCAAGGUGUCGGGCCUCUUCUUCGCUAUCGGCCACGAGCCGGCGACCAAGUUUCUAGGGGGGCAGCUCGAGCUCGACUCUGAUGGGUACAUCGUGACCAAGCCCGGAUCGACGCAUACGAGCGUGAAAGGGGUGUUUGCUGCAGGGGACGUGCAGGACAAGAAGUAUCGCCAGGCCGUCACCGCGGCUGGAUCAGGGUGCAUGGCUGCUUUGGAUGCUGAGCACUACCUUCAGGAGAUUGGAUCUCAGGAGGGAAAGAGCGAUUGACUAUUUACAGAUAAAGUUGCCGACGCUUCAAAGAUUUCAGCAGUGGCUACAAAAGCUAAUCUCUGAAGCACAACUAUUUCAUCUUUAUGAAUUGAUCCUUUUGCUUCUCAGUUGUCUUUCUAGAGGGUGGUAAACCUGUCAGUAUCUAUUCAAUCACUAUACACAUUGAUUUUACAUUUGGGCCCAGGCUACCGAUGCCCUGAUAGUUCCUAUGAAAAGGAAGAAAUUUAAUCUUUGUCAUCACAUAUUUGAUGAGCCCCUAUCAGAGGACCUUUAUCAAAAAUUGUAGUUUGAUAUGUGCCAGUUGAUUGCUUUUAUAAUUAAAAUCUGUUUGUUAAGAUGCAUUCCUCUUGUGCAUAAAUUAACUAUAGUUAGUGUUUCUCCUCCAUAUAUUGCCUAUGUAUUGUGGCUUUUUCUUCAAGUUUCUGACAUUAGCUACAAUAAUAGAAGAUGGUACAACGACCAGGUUCAGUUUACACACACCUUUAUUCUGAAUGUUUUGAUCCAACUGCUUACAUAUGAGAUUCCUAUGGAAAUUCUGGGUUUUAUACUUUCUGAUUCUGUCAAGCAAGCCUCUUUGGAUGCGUAUUAUUUUGUGAGCAGAAUAGAAAUUGUCUUUUGUGAUAACAACAGGACAGUUUGACCGUUUGAUAAUUUUUAUCAGGACAGUUUGACCGAUUGAUAAUGUGAAAUUUUGGUCUGCGUACAAGGUGAUUGAUUGUAUGUAAAGAAUUAUGAUUUAGAGAUUACCUUUUGUUUUGGAUUGAUCGUGUAUCUAAAGAAUUAUGAUUUAGAGAUCAACUUUUGUUUUGGAUUGAUUGUAUUUAAACUUUAUUCACUCCAGAGGAUAUGAUGGUUCCCUGAUAUGAAGAAUAGAAGGGGCAAUAUUCGAUUCAGUGCCAUCGUCACCGACUGGAUAUAUCUUUCAGCUGAGGAGCUGUUUGAAACGACAAAGUGGAAGGUGGAAGCUGGUGAUUCCACAAACUUGGAGGAGGCGGAAGUCAUUGCGACGUGCAGCCGCUUCGCAUGGGCUGUGAGAAGAGGUCGCAAGCUCCGCUACAGCUGGAGCUUGCAACUUCGCCUCUCGCCUGCGGGAUAUCGAGAUCAGAGUACGGCCUAAAGUCGCCUGUUUGUGGAGGUCGGGUUUCAUCCAACCAAAAACACUGAGGCGGCAUAACGGGGCGUGAAACUGGGCUAGGGGUGGUUUUUUUUUUAAACAUUGUGCCCCGUUAACGUGGGUAUAAUAAUAACAACUGGUCCAGUUGGUUGGGCGGGCUUGGCCGAGUUCGAAGCGCAAACUUCAACCCGUCUGUGGCCUUUUUUUGGGUGGGGAUUUAGUUUCUGAGUUGGAACUCCACUAGGGAUGUGGGUCAAGUAAGGAUGGCAGGGACCAGUUCUCCAGUAGAAGAAAAUGCAAUAAAAUGAAAUAAAAACGAGUCAAAUGAGCAGGAAGCUGAACUUCACAUGUGAGUCAUGUUGGCCCUACCAACCUUGUUCGCUACUAGUGUUUGAGAUGUAUAUAUACUGCUGAUUUCUUCGAUCG